AUGCUCGAAUUUGAGGGGAGCAGCUUGUUCCGUCACCAUAUUGUCUGCAGCUUGCUCACUAACAAACCGGUCCGCAUUUCUGGAAUUCACGACGAGGAUGAGCCGCAGGGAAUUAAGUUGGCUGAAGCCAAUUUUCUUAAGUUUAUUGAUCGCGUAACGAGUGGAUCCAGGAUUGAAUGCACUGAUAAUAACACCACGCUAACAUUUUAUCCAGGAAUGAUCCUUGGUGGGACCUUUUCGCAUGAAGUUCCCAGUAGCCGCUGCGUAACAUACAUAGCUGAAGUUGCUGUUCUCAUGCUUCCAUUUGCAAAGUUUGAUACAAAACUAACUUUGUUGGGAUCAACACAGAGUGAUUUAGAUCUCUCUGUCGAUACUCUUCGAACUGUGACCACACGCUGGUUACAACUCUUUGGAGUAGAUUGCAGUGUACGUAUUAUACGACGUGGAGUUCAUCCAGGUGGAGGUGGAGCUAUUGACUUACAUUGUAAAGCAGUAAGAAAGUUAAAUUCAGCUGAUGCAACAACGCGAGGUCGGGUUCGACGAAUUCGUGGUAUCUCUUUUGGUUGUCGUGUAUCAGCUGAUCUUUCUCAGAGAGCCGCUACAGCUGCAAAAGGUGUUCUAUUGAAUCUUCUUCCUGAUGUUUAUGUGGUAACAGAUUUAGAUAAUUCCAAGAGAUAUAAUGGAGAAUCCUCUAGUGGUUACGGUGUUGUUCUUGUCGCUGAAACAACCAGUAAACACUGUGUUAUUUCACAAGAGACCACUGCUAUGCCACAUGAACCACCUGAGGUUGUUGGUAAACGUGCUGCAGAACUUCUUCUGGAUCAGGUUUUUGAAGGUGGUUGUGUAGACGCUCAUCAUCAAAUGCUUGUCUUACUUCUUAUGGCUCUUAGUCCAGAUGAAGUAUCAACCGUACGAUUUGCUCAAUUCACUACAGGGUUGGUGUCUGCAGUUAUGUUGUUGGAAGCUUACUUUGGUGUAUCAUGUGCAACCAAGGAGGAUCCAUCUUUAGCAGGAAGCGAACUCCCCAGCACUACUCUCAUUACCUGUGUAGGCAGUAACACCCUUAACGUCUGGAAGAAGAGUGGUUAA